UUCUCGUUCGACUACAUCUGCGCUCGAUACUUGUGGUCUGGAUCUCUGAAGUUGCGGGUGGAUUUUUUUGUGAUCUGCAUCUCGUGAUGGUGAUGACCGUCGGCGGAGGGAACAGUGUGUUAAAAAUGAUCCGGGGCGUUUAAAAGCGGACCAGAGGAGCCGGGCUGCGGACCUGAACACAGCGAGAAGAAGACGAUGCUCUGUCGGCUAUGAGACACAGGGAGCCAUGGCGGGCUGGCACUGGGAAACCGCCUCUUCUGUCGGCUUCUUGUUGUUGCUGUUGUCGGCUCUGAGCUCCGGGAGACCGCAGGAGAAAUGUCCUGGAGACAAGUCCUGUCCGCCCCCGAGACCCCCCGUUGUCCUCAUUCCAGGAGAUCUGGGAAACCAGCUGGAGGCGAAGCUGGACAAACCCAGCGUGGUUCACUACAUCUGCUACAAGAAGACCGACGUCUACUUCACUCUGUGGCUCAACCUGGAGCUGCUGGUUCCCGUGGCCAUCGACUGCUGGAUCGACAACAUCCGGCUGAUCUACAACAGAACCACCCACAGCACUGAGGCGCCGCCCGGCGUCGACAUCCGGGUCCCGGGCUUCGGCAAGACGUUCUCGCUGGAGUACCUGGACCCCAGUAAACGCAGCGUGGGCAUGUACUUCUUCAGCAUCGUCCAGGCGAUGGUGGAGUGGGGCUACACCAGGGAUGAUGACGUCAGAGGAGCGCCGUACGACUGGAGGAAAGCCCCCAAUGAGAAUAAAAAGUACUUCCUGGCGCUGCAGCAGAUGAUCGAGGAGAUGGCAGAGAAGGCCGGGGGUCCGGUGGUGCUCAUCGCUCACAGCAUGGGCAACAUGUACACGCUGUACUUCCUCAACCAGCAGCCGCAGGCCUGGAAGGACAAAUACAUCAAGGCCUUCGUCUGUCUGGGACCGCCGUGGGCCGGCGUGGCCAAGACCCUCCGAGUGGUCGCCUCUGGUGAUAAUAAUCGCAUCCCAGUGAUCAGCUCGCUGAAGAUUCGCGCUCAGCAGCGAACUGCCGUUUCCACCAACUGGCUGCUCCCCUACGCCCAUUCUUGGCCCAAAGAUCAGGUGUUGGUCCAGACGCCCAAAACCAACUACACCGUUCAGGACUACCAGCGGCUCUACUCGGACAUCGGCUUCGAGGACGGCUGGCUGAUGCGUCAGGACACCGAGUCGCUGGUGGACGACCUGACGCCGCCCGGAGUGGAAGUCCACUGUCUGUACGGCACCGGCAUUCCCACGUCCGAGUCCUUCCAGUAUUCGGACAAGUUCCCCGACGUGGAGCCCACGGUGGUGUACGGCGACGGCGACGGGACGGUGAACCUGCACAGCGCCGUCCAGUGCCGACGGUGGGCCGGGAAGCAGAAACAGCCGGUGACGCUGAAGGAGCUCCCCGGGAACGAACACGUCAACAUGCUGUUGAACUUCACCACCGUGGCUUACAUCAAGACCGUGCUGUUCUCGCCGUGACCACGCCGGCAUGGAGGCGGCGGCAUCAUGCUCACAGUGUAAUAUUUAAACUUUGUACUGACAGGAACCGACUCACCUCACCUCCGGAAACACUGACCGCCAAAUAUCCCCCUCCUCACGCCUCAUCGCUCCCAUCAAAGUGUUCAGAUUUUAUAGGACGGAGGUAAAUUUUAGAUUCAUUUUAUAUCUAGCCGCGAUCCUCCAGUUUACGUUGAUGUCAGGUUGUUUACUGUCGAGCAAACCAAAAUGCAAUGACUUUUCUAUAUCAGUGUCAGAUUUUAAAUAUUUAUCCAACGUGUGCUCUGAUAAAGGAACGUCUGAAAGCAGGGAUCCACUGUUUGUGCCACUUGAUCCCACUUUUAAUAAUAAUGUUGUGAACGAGAUUUCUGAGCUCCUCUGACUGUAAUCGAGUUACAAGUAAAUAGUAAGGCACAGACUGUAUUAUGAUCCCUCUCUGUGAUUAUUUUUAUGAGAACAGCUGGCGUUAUGCUUUUGUAUUUUGAUUUCUGUUGAUAUUUUUGUUGAUUUCGUUGUUUUUUUCCAUGUUGCACGAGUCGAGGGCUGAAGAAUUGAAAGCAAAGUUGCUUUUUUAGGAGCUUUUAAGUGCAUUUUUGGAGCUUCAUCAACGAAAAUAAGCGAUAAAGGCCAUUAAUUUGCUAGUGAAAGCCGUGGAAAAUGCUACCAAGUGGACUUUUAAGUGUUAGAUGACAAGAUUUUGACAAAUAAAUCCACACUUACUGGCUUUUCUCAUGUUUAGGUGUCAGUUUGGUGAAGGAGUUCAUGAGAAGUAGGUGAAAGCAGCAGAUAAUCUAUUUCCCCUCCUGUUGUCGUCAUUUAUGGGCACCAAAAAAUGUUGUUUCCUUGUCCGAAAAAAAUCCAAAAAAUUCAGCAAAAAAAUUCCCCAAAUUUCUGAAAAUUUGCAAAACCUUCAGGAAGAAAAUUCCAAUAAUUCCUUUAAAGUUUUAUUUUAAAUAAUCCCUCAAAUUUGGCAACAAAAUUCUUUUAAAUAUUUUCAAAAAAUCUGUAAAAAUCUUUCAAAAAAAUCCUACAAAUAUCUAAAAUGAUUACAUAUAAAUCAGUAUUUUCUUUAGGAACAUUCACAAAAAAAUCAACCAAAAUCCAGCGAGUUUCGCUGGAUUUUGGUUGAUUUUUUUGUGAAUGUUCUUAAAGAAACAUGUUUUUAACAUUUCUUUUUGCCACCAAAAAAAUGUAGAAAAUAUCGACAUCAGACGUUUCAUUGUGAAAAUAUUUUUUUUCUCACAUUUUUCUUCACAUUUUUAAACUAAAACGGGUGAGUUUUGACCUGCAGGACGACACGAGGGUUAAAUGGAGUUCUUAUUUAGUCAUUUCAUACUAAAAAAUAAGCUUUUACAGUCACAUUUUAACAUUUUAGAGAAGUUAAACUCCUGCUCUCUGUUGUUUUCUUUGCUAAAUGGAAAGUGAUGGAGUGUUUUUUUUCAAGGUUUUAUCACACAAAUGAACUACAUUGAGCAUAGGAAUGUUGGUUUUCAUCAUGAACUCCUGCAUCUCAAUCACAAAGGAGCAUCUCUUCCUGUUUUUGCCGGUUCUUUUAACAUCUUUGCUGGAUUUAUUUCGACCCAAACUGGAAUCGAACUUGGAUCAACGUGUGGACUCAUAAUGAGGAUCGUGUCUUUUAUUGUUAUUAUUGUUAUAAUUUGUUGAUUCGUCUGUGUUUGGGCGGAUGUUCUGGUGGAAAUGAUUGUUCUGUGCCAUGCAGCCCUCACAGGGUGGACCAACAUGAGAUCAGGUGUGACGUCAUGAGCGUGUGCUGCCUUCUGUAGAGUAAAAUAUUUCAGAUCUCACAUCCAGACGCCGAGUUUUUAAUCUGGUUAAAGGUUUGUCUCAUUUCAAGUUGAAAAACUGCAGAAUAAAAGUGUUGUUCCUUCAUAAAGUGGUCAAUUUUGAGAUUUUA